AUGGAUGCGGACGAGCUUUGGGCCCAAGGUGUUGCACAAUACUUGCUAGAGGUGAAAGCCAAUCCACAGACAGUGGCAGGGCUUUGGGCCUUUGAGACAUCUGUGCAGGCCGAUCCCAGUGACCCAAAGCGGCUUUUCUUCCUGGCGACGCUGCUUUAUCAUGCAGGGCGGCAUGCAGAAGCUGAGCAGUUCUACCGACAGGUGAUUGAGGCUGAACCUGAGAGCGGCCACGGCUACUUGGAGCUAGUCCUUUUCCUGGAGUCUGCCGGCAGGCGCGGGGAGGCUCGGCGAGUGGCGUGCCAGGCUGUAAUGGCCGGAGCCAUCUGGGCAGACGAGUGGCAGCGACCGCCAAUCUUUGUACGAGGCUUGACCUCAAAACCCUGGUGGGCGCGGGAGGACUUUCCGUGGGCGGCUGACCUGGAGGGUGCCUACCCUGCCAUAAAGGCGGAGAUGCUGGAGCUCUUCGGCGAGCGAGGAGACCAUGGUGGGAAGAUGCCGCAGAGCUGGGUACGAGUUGGGGAUGAGAGGGCCUCGCAAGAUGGAGACAUUGUGGCUCCGGGCGGCGAGUGGAGGGAGUUCCUUCUGUACUCCGCGCAGGACCAGAGCAAAUCCACCGCAAACCCCGAGGUGCUGAAGCUCUUUCCGAAGACCUGCGAGCUCUUGGAGUCCCUUCUGCCAGGGGCCGUGGCCAUGGCGAAGAUCGGGGUCGGUGAGAUCAUCUUGUCCGCCAUCUCUCCGGGUACAAAGCUGACGCCGCAUUGUGCUUCGAGCAACGUCCGCCUGACGUGUCAUCUGGGGCUCGUGUGCCCGGAAGGGGCCCGAGUACGCGUGGGACCAGACUUGGGCACUUGGGAGGAGGGACGAUGCAUCUUUUUCGACGACAGCUACGAGCAUGAGGUGGUCAAUGAUGGAAAUAGUGUCAGGAUCGUCCUGCUCAUCCGUUUCUGGCAUCCGGAGCUUCCGGCAGAGAAAUGGUUGUCGACUCUGAACUCUGGGAUGGAGGAAUACAGCGCGAUGCUGCAGAGACGUGUGUCGCCGCCGGCGAGUUCACGCGUGGCGGAACUGUUGAUGAAGGCGGAGGGUUCUCCCGUCAUAGUGCAGAAGGGCUCCCCGUUGAACAGUGCGGAGCAAGCAGCAGCGGUGCUGAAAGCUGAUGCGCCCGAUCUUGCCAUCAGCGGCAGCGACAUAGGGCUGUUGGAGAUACGGGAUGAGCUGUAUUGA